AAAAGGGAAAUUUUGAGGGCUCGCCUAGGGAAAUAUGGUUAUGGGAAGCUGGCAACACUGAGCAUCAGUCAUCGCCGCCGCCUUAUCAGCCGCCCGCCGCCGCCGCCGCCUCCUGCACCUGCCUCCCCGAACACUCCUUUGGGCCUCCAGGAGCACACAGGUUAUCAAACAAGAAUGUCGAUAAACACUUCAAGUUCUGAGUUUCGUAACAUUGAUGUGGACCAGUACAAUGAAGAUAACUACAAAGAAGAUGAUGGGGAGCCUCAGAGCCCACCUAUUGGAGUAGAAGAAGCCACCAUUGUGUCCAGCAUCAAUUCAGGUAACCAUGCUGAUGCCCUGAAGCUGUUACUUACCAAUGCCCCGGUGGCCUCCAAAGGGAAGAAUGAGCAGGCUAAGGACAUGGCUUUGAACUUGGUUUUGAAGGUGCUCCUCUCAGUCAGCAAAUCACAGAUGGAUCAGAUAAUUGCAUCCCUUGACAAGACUCAGCUGGACGUCCUCAUGAAGUACAUCUACCGAGGGUUUGAAAGGCCAUCGGAAGGGUCGUCAGCGAUUUUGCUUGUUUGGCAUGAAAAGGUAUACAAUGUUGGUGGCGUUGGGUGCAUUGUCAGGGUGCUCACUGACCGGAAAAGAGUUUGAGGAUAAGUUGAACCAUAACAUAGUAUAUUUACAGACACACGCACACUUACACACACACACAGGUAUAAUCCUGAAUUAUUUAAGAACACAUUUCACUGCCUAUAUCUGAUAAUAAUAUUUAAUUUGUUGAUUUCAUUCCUUAUCUUUGGAUUUUUAGGUAGUCAGAAUCUGCUAUGUUGAUUUCUUUUUGUAUAUCUACAGCUUAGUAACGUAUAGCCAUAUGGAGAACUUUACCAUUACUCUAAUUACUUGCUAAAAGAAUUCAAUUUGAUGAUGCAGUCGUUUGGUGUUGCAUUCUGCUCAGCAUUUUUUUUAGGCACUUUCCUCAUAAUAAUACUUUUUCAUACAUGUUCAUCACAUUCCUUAAGUAUAGCAUAGAACAUGUUGGUUAAUGGUGUUCAAAGAUGCUAACACUGCAUUCAAGCUGUAACAUUCUUAGUUUAGUAUUUUGUAUAAAUAUUACUUAUUUCUCAUUGCUUCACAAAAAAGAUUAAUUUGAAGGAUUAAAUCUUACUCUUUUGAUUUCAUAUCAAUUCUGAAUGAUCUGACCAGGCUAAAAAGAGAAGAUAUCUUAUUGUCAAGUUUUAAUAUACAUACAGUACACUUUCUAAAUCAGGAUGUCUAAUACAACAAGAUUGUGGUCUUUGCAUUUAUAAAAUAUAAAUUUUCUAUUUUGUACAUUACACAUGUACACUCAAAUAAUCAACCGCUUUGAUGCAUUAAAUUUAUUGAGUAAAAAAUAACAGCAUUAGAAGCCCAGUUGAUCUUCAAAUGAAAGAUCAAAAAAUUACUGAUGUAUGUGUGGUCGUAAGCAUAUAAUGUUUACAAGCAUACAGUGUGUUCCCAUGUA